AACAAAAUCGCAAACGGCAGGCAGCAGGGACAAACUGAAAAUCGCAAACCUUAACAAAGAGAGUGAAGCAAGAAACGGCAACACCAGAAUCACAAAUCGCAAGCAGGAAGAGAAUCUGCAACGGCCGCAACGGCGAUUUUCCUGUGAUUUUUGUUCUCGGCGUGAAAAGGUCCAAAAACGGUCACGGUGGCUGCUGAUACCGUUUUGUAACGGCCGCAAUCCCGGUACCGGUCCUUUUUUUGAAACCUUGGCAGCCGUCCACUUGGUUGGCCACCGUCUAACUGCUCGCGCCGGCCGUUUUUCUUCUAAAUCAACAGUCAAAAAAGUUGCUCUUUACCGCUCUCCGCUACUACUCACUGGCUGCAGCCUCCCUCACUCACGCAAACCGGGACACGUUCCUUCUUUCUCGCGCCUGAUAACAUUAACACAAGUCUUAUGAAACGAGGGUACCGAGAAUCUCCUUCAACCUCAUUCGGUUCACCUCAUUCUAAACCUAGACAUAAUUCUCAAGGCGAUGAAAAUUUCCUGGAGGAUGAAAGCACGAAGAAUUACGCUCGGAAAGUAGCUGAUCAUUAUAGUGCAAGGUCCAACCAGACCCUGGAAGAACGAGAAGCUAGUCCAAUAAUUCAUUUGAAGAAACUUAAUAAUUGGAUUAAGAGUGUCUUAAUUCAACUCUAUGCUCGCCGAGGAGAUGCAGUACUUGACCUUGCCUGUGGCAAGGGUGGUGAUCUUAUCAAAUGGGACAAGGCCAAAAUUGGAUAUUAUGUUGGUAUUGACAUUGCUGAAGGUUCAAUCAAAGAUUGCCGUACCCGUUACAAUGGUGAUGCCGACCAUCAUCAGCGACGUAAGAAGUUUACAUUUCCUGCUCGCCUCUUAUGUGGAGAUUGUUAUGAGGUUCGCCUGGACAAAGUUCUUGCGGAAGAUGCUCCUUUUGAUAUCUGUAGUUGCCAGUUUGCAUUGCAUUACUCCUGGUCUACAGAGGCACGUGCUCGGCGAGCAUUAGCUAACGUGUCAGCUUUACUUCGUCCAGGAGGCGUUUUCAUUGGAACCAUGCCAGAUGCCAAUGUGAUUACCAAGAAGCUUAGAGAAGCUGAAGGGUUGACCUUUGGUAAUAGUGUCUACUCGGUUUGGUUUGACAAAGAAUUUUCUGAUAAAAAAUUUAAAUCAUCACGCCCCUUUGGAAUUAAGUACACGUUCCAUUUGGAGGAUGCUGUUGAUUGUCCUGAAUGGAUUGUCCCAUUCCACGUAUUCAAGUCAUUAGCUGAAGAGUAUGAUUUUGAGCUUGUUUUCGCAAAGAACUCGCAUGAAUUUGUCCAUGAGUAUAUGAAACGAAGCGAAUUUGUGGACCUCAUGCGAAGACUUGGUGCGUUAGGGGAUGGCAACCAAGAUCAAGGUACACUAUCGCCUGAUGAAUGGGAAGCAGCAUAUUUAUAUAUGUCAUUUGUACUAAGAAAGCGAGGUGAACCUGAUAAAAACCAAGUGAGCGGCAGAAAAGAUCGAGGUUUGAUGCAUAUUACGGAGGAAGACAUAACUUAUAUCGGCAAUGACUUUUGAUAGCUAACAACAAGAACAAAUAAGCCAAAUGCUUGGUUUUUUUAAAAGGAUAUCAAAUUACAUAAGGGCAUGAAACAACAUGCAUUGCCAAUUUGUCAUGAGCCAGGAACAUUCAUCUCACAAUCUCGUUGUCUACCAAAAUUUUGUUGAAUUUUGUAGGUUGGUAGUAAUUAAAGUAAAUUUUCUGCCCUAGAACUUGUUGUGCUAAAUAAGACUUAGCAGUGUAAUUUACAAACACAGACUAAUGCCAAGGGAAUGUCUAAUUUGACAAAACUAUAAAAAAGUUUUCUGUUU